UUCAUUUUUCAUUUCACAGUGGUAUGCGUGGCUUUCUCCACCGGCUUGGAUGAAUACGACGAGGUUCCAGGAGGCGAGGCUCUUAUCUUUAACAAGGUUUUCCUCAACGUUGGCAGUGGCUACAACAGCUUAACUGGUAUCUUCACAAGUCCCAGCGCUGGAAUCUACGUAUUUCACAUCCACGCGUCUACUAAAUGCUCACACGACUUCUGGGUGGAACUUUUCCACAAUAAUGAAUACGUCAUUUCCGCAUUCGCUCGACAAAAUAAAGACUUCGAUUCGGCAGGAAACACAGUGAUUCUACAGCUGAAUGAAAACGACACAGUCUGUGUGAAGGCACACAGACAAGCAUAUUUAUUCGGGCAGGCAAAAGAAAUCUACGCCACUUUGAGCGGAUACCGCAUCGAUCUCUAA